AAAAUCCUAUUGGGUUUUUGUCGAGGGAACUAGUGUGAUGCUAACUUCCGGGUUCCUGUACGAAAUUACGUCUUCCCUGCGCCACUCUAUCGCCUCUAAGGUUUCUGUGGUAACAAAACAGCUGCUGCGCAUGCGCAGUAAACGCUAAACGGCGCCGGCGGUGGUGGUUGUGUUGCGGCGCAUGCGCAGUGAGUUCUACCGUUCUGCGGUAUUUUGUGUGUUGGAGCGGGAAGAUUCAGAGCUGAGAGCGCCUCUUCAAGCACUAUCCUACAGGAAUUAGCCACAAACACAGCAUGCCUCGGGAGAUUAUAACGCUGCAGCUGGGACAGUGUGGAAAUCAGAUUGGUUUCGAGUUUUGGAAACAGCUGUGUGCUGAGCACGGAAUCAGCCCUGAGGGCAUCGUGGAGGAAUUCGCCACUGAGGGCACGGACCGGAAAGAUGUGUUCUUCUAUCAGGCGGACGACGAGCACUACAUCCCCCGAGCCGUGCUCCUGGACCUGGAGCCCCGAGUCAUCCACACCAUCCUGAACUCGCCCUACGCGAACCUGUACAACCCCGAGAACAUCUACCUCUCCGAGCACGGAGGAGGAGCAGGAAAUAACUGGGCCAGCGGCUUCUCUCAGGGCGAGAAGAUCCACGAGGACAUCUUUGACAUCAUCGAUAGAGAAGCAGACGGCAGUGACAGUCUGGAGGGAUUUGUGCUAUGUCACUCCAUCGCUGGAGGCACAGGGUCCGGUCUCGGCUCCUACCUGUUGGAAAAACUCAAUGACAGAUAUCCUAAGAAGCUGGUGCAGACGUACUCGGUGUUUCCUAACCAGGAUGAGAUGAGUGAUGUGGUGGUGCAGCCCUACAACUCUCUGCUCACCCUCAAGAGACUGACCCAGAACGCAGACUGUGUGGUGGUGCUGGAUAACACGGCCCUGAACAGGAUCGCCACGGACAGACUGCACAUCCAGAACCCCUCGUUCUCUCAGAUCAACCAACUGGUCUCCACCAUCAUGUCGGCCAGCACGACGACGCUGCGUUACCCUGGAUACAUGAACAACGAUCUGAUCGGUCUGAUUGCGUCGCUCAUCCCCACUCCCCGCCUCCACUUUCUCAUGACCGGUUACACGCCGCUGACUACCGACCAGUCAGUAGCGAGCGUGAGGAAGACGACAGUCCUGGACGUGAUGAGGAGACUCCUGCAGCCCAAGAACGUCAUGGUGUCCACGGGCCGAGACCGUCAGACCAACCACUGUUACAUCGCCAUCCUCAACAUCAUCCAGGGAGAGGUGGAUCCUACACAGGUCCACAAAAGCCUCCAGAGAAUCCGAGAGAGGAAGUUGGCUAAUUUUAUCCCGUGGGGUCCUGCUAGCAUCCAGGUAGCGCUCUCGCGCAAGUCCCCGUACCUGCCGUCGGCUCACCGCGUCAGCGGCCUCAUGAUGGCCAAUCACACCAGCAUCUCCUCGCUGUUCGAGAGGACGUGCCGUCAGUACGACAAGCUGCGCAAGCGCGAGGCGUUCCUCGAGCAGUUCCGCAAGGAGGACAUGUUCAAGGACAACUUCGACGAGCUGGACGACUCGCGCGAGGUGGUGCAGCACCUGAUCGACGAGUACAGCGCCGCCACACGGCCCGACUACAUCUCCUGGGGCACACAGGAGCAGUAACACACACACACACACACACACACACACACACACACUCACACACACACACACACACACUCUGAGAGGCUCUGGACUCAAUUGCUUGUCUGCAUUUAAUUGUAUGAGUGUGUGUGUGCACCUAAGUAUAUACGAGAAUAUCAGUAUCCUCUUUCUCUCUCUCUCUCUCUCUCUCUCUCUCUCUGUUAAAGCUUUUAUCCAUCGCAUCCUUGUUUCACACACACACAGACCACACACACAUCCAGGGUCCUGAGUAAGCAGAUAAGGCAGGGUGGUCUCACAGGGACGAAAGGGUGGAGCGGAAAAAUGAUAAGCCUGACUGAGAGAAAAGGGCAAAGACAGAAAAGAUCCAUGAGUGCACUUUCCUGUUUAACUCGCGCGCAUACACACACACACACACACACACACACGUACGUGUUUUUUUCCCCCUCCGUUAUGAAGUAGUGCUGUGGCUUUUUAGGGAUCGAGUGUUUCAUUAUCAUUUAAGGUUUAAGUCCGACGCUUUUAAUAAAAGACGACGCGUCUCGCCGACAAUCGGGAACAAAACCACGUCCGUGUUUAGAUCUCCGACAGAAUCCUUUAAAAAAAACAAACAACAACAACGUUUUAUAAUCCCGAGGUCAUGCGGUCGUAAGCGAGACAGCUGAGCUGAUCUGAGAACAGUGUGUGUGUGUGUGUGUGUGUGUGUGGUCAUAAUUCCUGCACAUUUGUCUUUUUGUGUUUAAUCCCCCCUCUCUCUCUCUCUCACACACACACACACACUCACUGCAGCUCAGGAAUGAGCCGAUUAAGCUGAAUCGGGUGUGUUCGAGCGGGACAGGGGGUUCUCCGGGACAGGGGGUUCUCCAGGACCAGGAUCGGGAGCCUGAGCAGUUUAAGUUUCCUUAAACACUGCGAUUUAAAAAAAAAAAAACAAACAACAACAAACGUCAGUGUUAAUCGUAAGGUUUCUAUUUUUCUGUCCCUUCCUGUGCUCUUUCACACCGAGCCUCGUGUUCUCAGAGCUGCUACUCCUCUCCGCCUGGACUUUUAACAAAGAAUUCCCUUCUGUAAAUAGUUUGUGUUCACUUAAAUAAAUGAUUUUCUAAGACAAGAGGUUUCACUGUUUAAUGUGUGUGUGUGUGUGUGUGUGUGUGUGUGUGUGUGUGUGCGCUCUCUCCACUUUCUACCGAAUAUAAGAAACUCUAAAAGUCGAAUUGUAUACAAGCUGCUGUGGGAUUGAUAGGAAUGACUGAUACUUUCACUUAAAAUGUAUUUUUAUUGUAAUUGAGAAGUCUGGUUUUGUUCCAGACACAAGGCUCAGCAAUAAUAAUAAUAAUAAUAAUAAUAAUAAUAGUAAUAAUCCCUCAGUUCUGGGUGAGGAUGAAUGUCAGGACAUUGUGUCGCACUUGUGAAGUGGAUUUUGGAGACUUGAGGGUCUGAAUCCACGGUGGAAAUCGUUAUUCUAUUCAUCACUGAGCUCUUAUCAUGUACACUACCGCUCAAAAGUUUAGACACCC